AUGCCGAACGAAAGCAACGAUCCCUCAUCUCUUGGGGAGGAAAGAGAUCUUCCCCCCUUUGAGAUAAUUUCUUCUCGUGAGACGGCACCCCCUUUCGAGACAUAUCAGGAUAACCUGAGUGUCACUUCGAUAACUACUGCCACGACACCAUUACUAUAUACUUCUUUUGAAGGUCCUGACGGUACGAAUGAUAAUGACAAAUGUGGCGGGGAUGACGAAGAAAAUUGUUUCUCGGGGAGGAAAUCGACAGCCCAAAGCGAAAAAAAAUUAUGGAUUGCGAUUUGCAUAUCAUUGUUCUUUUUUUGCGUAGAACUCGUCGGUGGUUGGCUUGCUGGAAGUUUGGCUUUGUUAAGUGACUCAUUUCACCUGUUGAGCGGACACCAUCAUGGACACGGCGAACACGAUGGCGAUCACGGUCACGGGGAAAAUGUUAAUGUCCGUGCUGCUUUACUUCAUGUCUUGGGAGAUCUUCUAUCAUCAAUUGGAGUCUUGAUUUCUUCGGUAAUUAUAAUGUGCGAUCCGAACAUGGCAUGGGUUGACCCAUUAUGUACAUUCAUCUUUUCGGCGUUUGUGAUGGCAACCACUUUUGGAAUUUUGCGUAGCGGCAUAAGAGUCUUAAUGGAAGCGACCCCAUCUCACAUCGAUUCACAUGCUGUCGAAAUGGACCUAAGGGAAAUCGAAGGUGUCGAGAGUGUACAUGAUCUGCACAUUUGGGAUCUGACCAUUGGAAGGACUCGUCUCACAGCUCAUCUUCGACUUCACGAGUACAACCCGGAUAUUCGAGCCGAACCAUACGUAGCAGCAAAGAUUCUAAGUCAGGCGAGAGAGAUGCUUAAAAACAAAUAUCGAAUUUCAUAUGUAACGAUUCAAAUUGAGUCGUGA